AUGGCCCAGCCGGGGGGUCCGCAGGGGGAGCCCCCCCUGGCCGGCCUGGACCAGGACAAGUACGACGCGGAGGAGAACGUGAAGAUCAUCUGCCUGGGCGACAGCGCCGUGGGCAAGUCCAAAUUGAUGGAACGCUUCCUCAUGGAGGGCUUCAAGCCACAGCAGCUCUCGACCUUCGCCCUGACCCUCUACAAGCACACGGCCACCGUGGACGGCAAGACGGUCCUUGUGGACUUCUGGGACACGGCUGGCCAGGAGCGUUUCCAGAGCAUGCACCCGUCCUACUAUCACAAGGCCCAUGCUUGCAUCAUGGUCUUUGACGUCCAGAGGAAGUUGACCUACAAGAACCUGACCAACUGGUAUAAGGAGCUGCGUGAGUUCCGGCCCCAGAUACCCUGCAUCGUGGUGGCCAACAAAAUUGAUGCCGACCUGAAGGCGACCCAGAAGAGCUUCAACUUUGCCAAGAAGCUCAACCUGCCUCUCUACUUCGUCUCUGCAGCAGACGGCACCAACGUGGUGAAGCUCUUCACUGAUGCCAUCAAGCUGGCCGUGGCCUACAAGCAGAACUCGGAGGACUUCAUGGACGAAGUCCUAAAGGAGCUGGACAACUUUGACCUGGAGACGAAGGAGGAGGACUCCCCCACAGAGGAGACCAGUCAAGGGGAGCCUUCCUGGGUCCACCUGAGCCCUGGGAACGAGUAA